GUGCACAAGAUGUUGCCCAUGACCUUGGGCGCCAACAUCGGCACCACCUUCACUGCGCUCCUCGCUGCUUUAGGAGUCUUAGCGCCUGAGACCCUGCAGAUCGCCCUUUGCGCCUUGGUGGGGUGGAAGGACGGCCAUAUGAUCUUCAACAUCAUGGGCAUCCUCGUGUGGUUCCCCGUGCCCUUCAUGCGGAGAGUCGUCGUGAAUGCGGCCUGCAUGCUAGGGCUCUACGCUUCGUACUGGCGCUUAGUUCCUUUGCUCUACAUCUUGGUGAUGCCCCCGUGGCCCGAAAACGGGAGGUGGACAGCGCUGAUAGGUGCGGACCGCAGCUACUCAGGACUAUAUAUAUACUUGCUGAAGCACAGUGAAGCAGAUCCACACCAGUGA